AUGUCACCAGUUUCCUCAGUAGCAAGAACUGCUCAAUUGGCAGCCCAAGCUGUUAGAUACAACAAGCCACUCAGCCAACUUGGCCAGAACCAAGCAUUGAGAAUGAACUUUAGCAAAAACUUGGUCUCCCAGCGUUUGAACAACUCCAAAGCUGGUCCUCAAGAGAUGACCGUGAGAGACGCAUUAAACUCUGCUUUGGCUGAAGAGUUGGACAGAGAUGACGAUGUAUUUCUCAUGGGUGAAGAAGUUGCCCAAUACAAUGGUGCUUACAAAGUGAGUAGAGGAUUGUUGGACAGAUUUGGUGAAAGAAGAGUUAUCGACACUCCAAUCACCGAGAUGGGUUUCACUGGUUUGGCAGUUGGUGCUGCAUUGCACGGCUUAAAACCAGUGUUGGAAUUUAUGACCUUCAACUUUGCUAUGCAAGCCAUUGAUCAAAUCAUCAACUCUGCUGCAAAGACUUACUACAUGAGUGGUGGUACUCAACCAUGUAACAUCACAUUCAGAGGACCAAACGGUGCCGCUGCAGGUGUUGGUGCUCAACACUCCCAAGAUUACGCUGCUUGGUACGGAUCAAUCCCAGGUUUGAAAGUCCUUUCACCAUACUCCGCUGAAGACUACAAGGGUUUGCUCAAGGCUGCUAUCAGAGACCCUAACCCAGUUGUGUUUUUGGAAAAUGAGAUUGCUUAUGGUGAAUCAUUCCCAGUCAGCGAAGAAGCACUUUCAUCUGACUUUAUCUUGCCAAUCGGUAAGGCCAAGGUUGAAAGAGAAGGUACCGACCUUACUAUCGUUGGUCACUCUAGAGCCGUCAAGUUUGGUAUGGAAGCUGCUGAAAAAUUGGAAAAAGAUUAUGGUGUCAGCGCCGAAGUUAUCAACUUGAGAUCAAUCAAGCCAUUGGAUGUGCCAACCAUUAUCGAGUCAUUGAAGAAGACCAAGCACUUGAUUACUGUUGAGAACGGAUUCCCAGCAUUUGGUGUUGGUUCAGAAAUCUGUGCUCAAAUUAUGGAAUCAGAGGGUUUCGACUACUUGGAUGCUCCAGUUGAAAGAGUCACUGGUUGUGAAGUUCCAACUCCAUACGCUAAGGAAUUGGAAGACUUUGCUUUCCCAGACACCGAAACCGUCUUGAGAGCCUCAAGAAAAGUCUUGGGCUUGUAA